AUGGCUUCAAAAUGCAACUGCUGUGGGGCCACUCCGGCAGCCCACUCAUAUUCCAGCAAUGAGCACAAUACCCUGAGAGUUAGCCCGCCCCCUGCGAGCGGCUCCAGAUGCUGCCAUGCUGUCUCCCACUCGUCUCCGACACAUGUGCGCCAAGCCGCGGCCAACCAAGCCCCUUGUCGCUCUGCAGCCCUCUGCUGGGCCCCCUCCUGCUCACCCCGUAGGGAUGCUGUGAGGAAACCUAAGAAACUGCCGCCCCCGCCCCCCAACCCUCUUCUUCACAGGAAUGUUGCAAAGAUUAAUUGGGACCAGGCACUGGUGGGCUUCCAGGCUGAGAGCUAUGGGGCUCACAACAUAUCUGACAUUGUUUAUGGAGUCGUGGACUCUAAUAAAGUCUGCUUAAUCAUGAUGGAACAGGUGAUGCUGAGGCCCGUAUCUGAGGGCCACACUGAAGAAGAAGGCCAGUCUAGCCCCUUCUGGGGAAUUCAUCUAAUUGACUGGUUUUCUCAAGGCAAGGAUACUGGUCACUAUGGAAGGACAAUGUUUGGGGGGACCCCUGCGGGAGGCAGAGGGUCGGGCCGGGAUGCGCCCCCGGGCCAAUGCUGCCCGCGCCUCUGCCGCCGCCGCCGCCGCCGCCACCGGCGCUGGCUGGGCUCCGGGAAGCUAGUCCGGAGCGGAGGAAUCUAUUGUUAUUUAUUGUGUGGCGGUUGCACGCUGUACUCGCGGCGGCCCGGCCCUCGCCCGGGAGUGCGUGUGUGCGCGCGUGUGUGCGCGAGUGAGUGUGUGCGCGGGGUGCGCGCGCGGGCGGGAGUGGGCGCGCGCGGGGAAAGGCCCGAAAACACCUUAGUUUGCACCGAGAGACCAUUUGCAGCGGAACCCGAAAGUUUGCAAGAGGAAGAAAGCGCGCGGCGAGCGAGCGAGCGGGCCGGGGGCAGCGGCAGCCGCGCCGGGGACCAUGGUGCUGCCGGCGCCUCCUCCGCGGGAGUGAAGGCGGCGCUCCUACUCCCUCCCCGGACUCCGCGGGUAAGUCGAGGCGGCCGCGGGCGCGGGGGCCAGGGACACGGGAGAGCCCCGGGCGGCACUAGGGGUUCUCCGUCCCCAAAGAGCCAGCCGGGGUGGCGCGAGCCUAGCGAUAAGGCACCGGGAGCGAGGAAUGUGCCCAUCCUCAGGCCGGUAGGUGCUUCGAAAUACUGGACUUCCUCCCCCCCUACCCUUUUCCCCUCUUUCUUUCCUAAAUCUGAAAAUCUGGAGAUCAAAGUUUAGCGUGGAGUGUAAAGUGCUCCGAUAAAAUAUGGUGACAUCCUCGCCCCCCUUCUCACCCCACUCCCCUCUUAUAACUAUUAAUUAUUUCCAAGUCAUUGUGUCCAAAUACCCUUGCUGGGCUGAUUACAAAGUGUAUUGAUUUAGUCUGGGCUCAUCCUAUGCUUUCGUCUUAAUUCAUUUUCUUUUUGCUCUACCAGAAGACCCAAAAUGAAACUUAUUUCUUCCUCUUCCCUACCUCCCCACCCCCCAAGCCCUCAUCUGUGAGGCUUGGGCAGAAUAAUGAAAUUAAUAUAAACAUUUCAUUUGGUUGCAUUUGACCUUCUGCAGUCCACUUCUGAGGGGCUAGAAUUGCGCUCAUGUCUGCUCACAGGUAUUUUCCAAGUUAGCAUUUUCUUUUUUGUCACUGCUCUUUAAACAGGAAUGCCGGAGGAGCAUUCUGGAUUCCCUUUGAAAGGCGUCUGUACAUUCAAACCGUCUACACUUCACCAUUGGUUGUAUGUAGACUUAAGGGUUUAGGGCUUGGACAAUAGCUGAGUUGAGAAGAGACCUCAAGGAUAUUUAAAGGAAUUUUUCUACUACUGAAAAUAUAUUGAAGAAUCUCUGCAAAAUUUUUCCAUUCCAUCCCCUUUCCCCCACCCCCGUUUUCCACAGCAAGAAUCGAUUUGGAGGGAGAUGUGUAAACUAGAAUUUUAAAAGAAAUAGUAAGACUUCAGGUGUUUUCUACCCAGGGAUAGCCUACAUAAUUGAGAAAGAGGAGUUCCUGCUCUUUUUCUCUUCCAGAGAGAAAUGUAUCAAAUCUUUUUUAGAAUUCCACUGGAGUUUAGAUUCUCAAAGUGGAAAUACCCAUCCCUUUGGGUCCAGGAAAAGAAAACUCGGCUCACAGUUUCAGAAAUUUGGACUGUUUUUUUUUCCCCCCUCUCUGUCUUUCUAUUCGAAACGUCUCACAAUUAAAGAGCAAGAAAAAUAUAAAAAAGGAACUCAACUAGUUACCAUUCAAAAGGUGUCAGCUAAAAUCUCACUGCAAAGGGGAAAAAAAGGUUUAACAUCUUGCCACUGGCUGCAUCCCCCACCCCCCUUAGACUUUGGAUUAGUCAUUGUAUGAGAGAGAGGGA